GUUUACUGAACCAAAAAAAAAAAAGACAAAAAUUAACUUUGAAAAAUUGAAUACUUAAACAACAUAAACAUGGAGUGUAAACAUUUAAGUUGCUUGCUGGCAAUUGUGCUGGGCAUCUUUAUAUUUCAAUAUCAAAUCGAUGCAGCUGCCAGCGAACAGGAUGAGGAUAUACCACACAACGAAGUACGCAACUGGGCCCUGAAAUUUGGCGUUGAUUUAUGGGAAUUCGGUCGGCAAUUCACCAAAAUGAACGAAAUCAAAAGUCGCUUUAAGGACAGCGACGUUGAAGUGAAACGAAAGGACGGCAUCAUAUUGCUGCGUGAAUUAGCCGCCGAGGUGAAGAACUUUAUGGAUUUCAAGCGUAACGCUGUUAUGCGCUUGAUGGACUCGGCCGAGCAGGCAGCGCUUUCGGAACUGGAGGGCCAGAACGGUGCGGAGGCAGCGUCUCUGGGGCAGCAGCAGCAUUACGAUGCGAGACGCAUUAACGAAUAUAACUCCGAUGGCAAGUUGGCGGAUGGCGCUCGCCACAUGGACAUUCGCUUUAUGCGACGCUUCGAGCGGCUGCCGGUUAAUCUUAGCCUGAGCUCUAUACUGGUGCCCCACAGCGUUGAAUUGGACGAGUCGGAUGUACGUGCGGCCUUGCAGUGGAGUGCCCAUCUAGAUCCACUGUUCCAAAACAAUCUGGAGCGUGAUCCAGCGCUCUCCUGGCAAUACUUUGGCUCCUCGUCGGGCUUUCUGCGGCGCUUUCCGGGCACUGCCUGGCCGCCAGAGGGUUCCAAGGGCAGCAAGCAAAUCCACGACUUUCGCACACACAAUUGGUUUGUGCAGGCCGCCUCCUCGCCCAAGGAUAUCAUGAUACUCUUGGAUGCCUCCAGCAGUAUGUCGGAAAAGUCCUUUGAUCUGGCCAUGGCCACAGCCUUUAACAUACUCGACACACUCGGCGAGGAUGACUAUGUGAAUCUGGUAACAUUUUCGGAAAUGGUAAAGUCGCCUGUGCCCUGUUUUAAGGAUCGCAUGGUGCGUGCCACGCCGGACAAUGUGCAGGAGAUCAAGUCAGCCGUCAAAGCCAUCAAGCUGCAGGAUACGGCCAACUUUACAGCGGGUCUGGAAUACGCAUUCAGUCUGCUGCACAAAUACAACCAAUCGGGAUCAGGCAGCCAGUGUAAUCAGGCCAUAAUGUUGAUUACAGAGAGCACUUCGGAGUCGCAUAAGGAAAUCAUCAAGCAAUACAACUGGCCCCAUAUGCCAGUGCGCAUCUUUACCUAUCUCAUUGGCAAAGACUCCGGCAGUCGCAGCAAUCUACAUGAAAUGGCCUGCUCCAACAAAGGAUUCUUUGUGCAGAUCAAUGACUAUGAGGAGGCGAAGCGUAAAGUGAUUGACUAUGCGCUGGUUAUGGCGCGUCCCAUGAUUAUGUAUCAAGCGGAUCAUCCGGUGCACUGGAGUCCUGUCUUUGUCGCUGGCAAGUCUGGCGGCCUGGGACGCGACUCAGAGUACCAGCGACGCUUGGUAACGACAGUUUCAACUCCGGUCUUCGAUAGACGAAACCAUUCGGUGCGCGUGGCCAACCUGUUGGGCGUCGUUGGCACCGACGUGCCCAUCGAGGAGAUACGCAAAAUGAUACCACAACACAAGCUGGGACCGAAUGGCUAUUCCUUUAUCGUUGAUAACAAUGGGCGUGUGCUUUACCAUCCGGAUCUGCGACCACUAAGCGAUGGCAAUCAAUAUAUCGAUAUGCUAAAGCCCAAAUAUGCAUCAGUCGACAUCACGGAGUUGGAACUGCCGGAAACAGAAAUUGGCAACGAGCAUGAACAAGUUGAGAUCAACAAGAAUCUGCUUAAUGAGAUGCGCGGUGACAUGAUUCGUCCCAAGGAGGGCGAAACAGAGUUCACUGUGCUCAAUCAUUAUGACGAUGCAAAACGUGUGUCCACACGCACACAUCGUUACUUCUACGGUCCCAUCGAGGACACUCCAUUUACGCUGGCCAUUGUAUUACCAGAAAAGUACGGCAGCCAUGAGUUGGUCUCCCAGCAGGAGAUACGGCAUUCGCGUAACAAUGUUACGGAAUUCUUUAAGGGUGACAACUGGCGCGUAAAUCCCGAUUGGGUAUACUGUGAGUACAAUAGCGUAAGCGAUUUGGAAAAGGAACGUGAAAGUUCCGGUGAAUACACGUCGCGCGAUCAAGAGCCCAGCUUUGGGUCGCCGGAAGAGCAGGUACUGCACUUUCUGGCUCGCGCUGGACGCCCUGGUUGGAAGUGGAUGUCGGUGCGACCCAAGUCCCCGCAGCCUCACCACAACCUGCAUGGCAAUGCACCAGGCUCGGCUCAUUUUGGUGCACAGCAUCUGAAUAGUUUGGGAUCUCGCAAGGCGGAGCCUUAUUAUUGCGAUCGAACCCUCAUUCAGAGCUUGGUGCGUGACGCUAUGGUCACCGAUGGUCUGGAUCGUAAUACAACUGGAACUUCCAGUGGCAAGGAGGACAAGCAUCCAAUCGCCACAUUGAUGGCAAUACUCAAGAGGCAAGGAUAUCAAAAGUUUGCAGUGGCCACGUCCUUUGUGGCAACGCGUUCGGGCCUGUUACGUUGGAUAGAUCACAUCAAGCGACCUGAGGAUACGCCGGAGCCUCACUUUAGCGAGGAUAAUGUGCGUGCAAUGGACACUUCGUGGUACAAACGCGCUGUGGAUCAGCACUCGGUGGAGCAGGAUAGCUUUGUCUAUAGCGUGCCCUUUGGCUCUGGCUAUGCCAUCAAGUCGAAUGCCACCUUGGUGACUGCCUCUCAUGCCAUAUUCGUGGAGCAUCGCGGACACAAGGCGCCCGCUGGUGUGGUGGGCUUGCAGUUUCAACACGAUUCGCUGGCUAAGCAUUUCAUCAACAUAACCUCAGCUUGCACUGGCAUGACGGGCUGCAAGCGAACCUGCGCCUCCGACAACUUGGAUUGCUAUGUGCUGGACAACAGCGGCUUUGUUAUUAUAUCUGAGGAAAUGGAGCAUACGGGCAAGUUCUUUGGUCAGAUCGAUGGCACCAUUAUGGACUCUUUGGUGCAGGAUCGCAUUUACAAGCGUGUCACAGUCAAUGAUUACCAAGGCGUUUGCUCAGAGUCUGACAAUCCCUACACAGCAGCUGGUGGCAUUUUGAAACCGCAUCGCUUGGGCAACUGGCUCUUUCAGCAUCUGGUGGCGCUCAGCGCCAGUUGGUUGGCCUUAAUGCCAACGCCAUUGCGUGCCUGGCCGCAGGAUGAGUACGACAACUACGAAACUGAUGAUACCUUUCCGGAGAACACCUAUGGCGAGGAAUACGAAGAAUCAUUUGAGCCGGACUACAGCAUGCCUGUGGAUCAAGAGAUGGAUGAAUUCUUCACCACAGCAGAUGUGGAGUAUACAACGCCACCACCCAAGCAGCAUAAGCCACACAGUGGGCCACGCUAUGCACCAGAUCCACAAAAUUCGCGACGCUGCGAUCUGCGCACCGAUCUUUAUAUGCUGCAACCCGAACGACUUAAUCAAGGCGGCCAAAAUAAUCCGCUCAAGGGCAAGUUAACCAAUUGUCACGUAUCUGGCUGCGAACGACCCUUCAGCGUGCAAAAGAUACCGCACAGUAAUCUCAUACUGCUGGUCGUAGAUACGCUCUGCCCCUGCGGCUCCAAGCAGCUGGACAUUGAGCCCAUGGAGGAGUCUGGUGUAGUGGGCGCCUGCAGCACGCGUCGUCAGGGUCAGGAGCAGGAGUCGCGUCGUCGACCAAAGAAGUGCAUCAAUUAUCAUCCAGAGGAGAUUGAGAUACAGCAGUGUGGGCGUGGCAGCACAUUGCUGCGCAUGUCUGCCUCUGUAGUCGCGGCACACAUUCUGAUGGUCACGGUUACCUUUGUGUUGGCCAAUGCGUGAUACGGACAUUAGGUCAAAGCAACUGCAACUCUACAACUAGCAGCAGCAGCAGCAACUGGAGCAGUUUUUGAAAGUAAACGCAACUUGAGUUACUUAAUUUUUGUAGCGCAUAGUAGAAUAUAUAGCGUAAACAAUGAUGAGUCAAACAAUACAUAAUUUUAUCUCUAUAUAUGUUUGUAGACAAUAAUAAUUUGCUAAAUUGAUAUAUAAUUCCAUUGACAAUUAGACGAAGGAGUACUUGUUAGCUAAAUAUUAGUUUAUUGUGUUCACAUUGCAAUAUAUUAAAGAAAUAAUUGUAGUCAAGCUAAACUAAUUUCCCACAUUCUAAGUAUUGUUUAUUAAUUUCCAAAGCUAUGGCAUAUGUUAGUCAGUUUAUGUAAAUAGCAAGUGAAUGUUUAAUAUUGAAACACAGAACAAAAUUCCUACCGAAAUGCAGAAUUCAAAGCAGAAUUUAUUUGAAGAUCUUAAUGAUUUUGCACCAACUGCAUACGCACAAAUAUCGAGUAUUAUAUUAAUGAGCAAAACGUAUCCCAUGACAAAUUCACUAACAAACAAACAAACUGAAGACUUGAAAAUACCAAUACAGCAUUGUAUAAAACAACAAAAGCACACAAAGACAGUUCAUAUCGUUGAUAAACUUAUAUCUAUACAUGCCAGGGCAGCCAACUUUGAACAGCAAUAAGCCAAUACAAUAAUGAAAUAUGUAAGUGUAAAAGUAAAAGUAAAUACCGAUGAAAACAAGAAAACAUGUAUUGUAAUAUAUAUAGAAACGAGUUAGUUUUGCAGAUGAAAUGAUAUUUAUUUUAUAUAUACAUUUUAUACAUGAUUUUGACAAAUAAAUACAGCUGAGGCAUGCCGUCGUCUUGAAUACAACUGCAGACUGCGAGCUGCAAGAUAAUCCACAUAAAACAAAAUGAAACAUGAAAGAAGAAAAACAAAAAGCAAACAAACAAUACAAUACAAUAAAAAACUAACUAACCUAGUAUGUAUUUGAGUUUUUGAAAUAUCAAAAUUCACAUAUCGUUAUACGUUUGGCAAUACUUUUAGUUAAUAAACAAAGCAACUACUAAACUAAAUUAAACUAUUUCAACUU